CCCCCCAACCCCCACCCUGCCCAAACUUCGACCUCCAACCCCCAGCGCCCUUCUGCCACGCCCCCUCCCCUUUCCCAAUGCUGCUUUCUCCCAGAGACCCAGAACCAAGCCUGCUAAAACCCCACACCUGAAACUUGAAGAAGAGGGAAGGCGGCGGAGGCUGACGGACGGACGGACAGACACGCUCGGAGGGCAGCUGGCUCCGGUUCCCACUGAUUCAUGCCGGAUCAGGGCCGGGUCCGCUUCAGUGUCGGCUGCCACUCUGGGAUGCCAGGACAAAUUGGGAGGAUUAAGGAAGCGUACAAGUCUAUAAAAGAGGAUUAGUCGGUGUUUAUUUCCUUUUAUUUUGUUGUUUUUAGGGGGUGUUUUCCCCCCUUUAAAAGGGCCAGUUUUUCUUUUUUUCUGUCUUUUCUUUCUUCUUUUAAUUGGGGUUUUAAAUCCUCUGACUUUGGGAAACAGACAUUUAUUUGAGAAGUUUAUUUCUGCCAUACCUUUCCCUGUGUUUUAUCGAGAGUUGCUGCAUCUGAAAGACCCCCGCAGGAGAGAGGGUGGGGAUUUUCAGUCUUUCUUCUAUUAAGUUCUUCAAUCAAACCUUUUUGUUUUUCUUUCCCAUUUUCAGUCAGAGGGAAAAGAAACUUGACUUUUGUCCAACAGAGGUCACUUUUGUGGCUGUUUGAAUUUGAAGAACUUGGAGAUGGUGGAAAUAUGGAUACCUGCUGCUCUUCAAAGAUAAAAAAAAUGAAUAAUGAUGGCCUUGAACUGUCUUAGGACGUUUCCAAAUCAUUCGUGGCAUGCGUGGGGUGAACCAACGCCUGCUCUUCUCUCCAACAUGGCAACUGGAGAAGUCUUCUGGAAAUAAAUUAAAAAAAAUAGACAAAAAGACAAUAUAAACUACUUUUUAAUGUAUUUAUAGACUUUUUCCAUUUUAUGUUCACAUUUAGAAGAAAAACAAAACAACCUGUUGAAGCUAGGAGUUGGAACCAGGCCCCAUUUGUAGAAUGUAGCAGCCUGCACCAGUUUUGAUUUAAAGAACCUUUCUGAUACCAAUAGAACUUUUUCUUCUUUAAAUGUGAUUGCACAAGUGGUUAUAAUAACAUAGGCAUGUACAAUGUGAUUGUCUGUUUGCGUGUGUGUGCGCGGGCACAUCAUUUGUGCUGCCGUCUGCCAUGUGUGUGUAGUCCACCUUACUCGACACCUGUGCGAAUAUCUCCUCCAUGGUCUUACAGUAGGUUCCUCAUUGUUCCUUCGUAGUGCCUUACAGAUAUACCAACACAGUUUACUUCACUGCAACUUUCUAGAAGAAUCCAAGACUAGUUGUGACAAAUGGUCUUAAGUCAAACAUCUUUGUCUUAGUAGGUUUUUCUACUCGUAGCUCGUAGGCAUUCGCCCCUUAUUAUAACUCACAAGCAUGCAGUUUUUUUGUUUUCUUUCGCCUCGUCAUUGCGCAUUAGGUUCUUUGAAGAGACAUUGGCUUUCCUGGGGUUACAAACCAAAGUUUAUUAACGUCAAACCUUUGUGAUACGUGUUAGGAGUGGAGCUGAAUUUACAGUCAGCCUAUAGCUGAGAUUCGCUGCCUAUACAUUGUGUAGCUCUGCCUCUGCCCGCUACAUGUGUUGAAAUCAUAAAGGGACAUCUAAGGCAUGGACAUAUACAAAUGCAGAUUUUUUUUUAGUAAGAUCACUACAAGUAAAGGAGGCUGUAAUCAGUUCAGAUCAAACAGGUUCAAGGUAAAGAGGAGCUUUGUGUUGUGUGGUGAUCAGAGGAGACGCUGUUGGAGGACAUCAACCAUAGUGUGUUCAGAUCGGAUGAGUAGACCCAGAUAGCGGCUGUGGCUGGAGAGGUCCAGAGUCCGGCCUUCUCUGGGGAGGCGGUCACUGGAAAGAGAGCCAGACAACAGAGCAGGGCUAGAGGCCAGGUUCAGAAGGAGGGUGGGGAAGAGGAGAGACAGAGAGGGCUAACGGAUAGCAUCGAAUGAAUGAGAAGAUGGGGAAGGAAUAGGUGGAGUGGAGGAGAGGAGAGGAAAUUCCACGUCUUCAGAGAGAGGAGUUUGAUGGCAUUGAGCAGGUCGGAAUAGGAUACUGAGAAGCGCCUGGUAGUCAUUGAGAGCGGCGCGAGAGCGCACACUUUUUGGGUUUCUUUUUUCAAAACUCUGAGUCAGGUUUGUCGGGUUUCUUUUUCUCUUUUCGUUGUCUGUUUUGGUCUGUUCCUGUGGAGAUUCACGGAAAGCUUAGAAACUGUAUGUAAAGCUGUGGAUAGGCGCACAAACCCUCGGGGCCAACACACACACACUCUGAGUCUCUCGUUUGAAGGAGACAUCCAAAUGCGGGCACUGCAGACACCACGUCAUGUUGUGAGAAAAGGGACAAGCGAUAUGUUGGAGACCUUUGGGCCAAUGCUUAUGUAUAUGUGUUGCUGCUUAAUUUAACGUUGACCUUUCUACUAGCCAAUGAAUUUCUUGAGUUUGUGUGCUGUUUUUUUUCUUCUGUCUUCGUGAAAGUGGGCACAUCAGAACCACUUGUUGGUUUAGUCAACGCAUCCCCUUUCUCGUGUCAUGCCAUAGUAUUUGCAUUUGAGUUUUUUUUAUUUUUACAUUGAGAUUUUUACUUGGCUAUAUAGAUAUGCUGUUUUAUUAUUAUUAUUGUUAUUAUUAUUAUUGUUAUUAGAGAUUGUUGCAAUAAUUCUUGUAGAUAUUUUAUUAGUUAAAGUGUUAUUGUAAUUUGUUAAACGCAUUGCUAUCUGGGAGGGGGUUUCAUGUGUAGGCAAGUGUUGUUGAGUAUUACUGAAAGACGACAGUGUGAAGUGUUUUAGCUAAAGUGCUGAUGUACUAAUCAGUGCAAGUCAGGGACAUAUUUUGGGGGCUCAACCUGUAGCUGAGCUGAGUUUGACUGCAGGCCACACUUAAAGGAAAACACCCAAAUAUGUAAGACAGAAAAAAAAACACCUUUUUUUAAUUACUGGGUCUUUAUUCUGAUUGGUGGCUUGUUUUCAUCAUUUUAAAAAGUCAUCCAGUCAUCACAUUGCUGAUGUUUCUUCUUGUUUAGUUUUUCUGUCACGCCCGUACCCCACCCAAAACCCCCCCACUAAGCACUCAAACCACCUAUUGUAUGAAGCAAUCAGAGCACACUAUGUUGCCCGGCUCCAGAGUUCAGUAGCUGACUCCAGAACAGAGGCGGUGUUGAGACGUUCUGGGGUUAACGGCCAUCUGGGUUCCUAGAGACAUUCCACUAAAAGAGAAGAGCUAGGACAUAAACUACUACUCUCUACUGCACCCCCUACUGACCAAAAGAGGGGUUGCUAAAUCGUCGCUCAUCCCUCCCAUCCCACCAAAGAAAGUUGCCAUGGUAAUAGAGCAGUAUCAACCCCUGUCCUCUAAAACUGACCAUGCAUUUGUGUACAGCCAACACACAAAACACGUUAUACACCAGAGACAGUAAGCUGACUUCAAAAGACAUACAAACAGGUUCACAACCAUGUCAAAAAUACACAAAGGUAGUAGCUGUGGUGUAAUACAGUGAUGACACUGUGGAUUUGGUACACGUAGAGUAUUUCACAUUGUUCCAAACUAAUACCCUACUUGGAAUGAGAUCCUCUAAUCCAAAUUUGUUUAUUGACAGAUGUUUUGUAUGUAAAUGAAAUAGGAUUUUUUUUGGUUGGAUUUAUUUUACUCAAGAUGUAAUUAAGCUUUAUUUAUGUUGUAAUCAAAAGAAUUUGUAAGGACAAAAUAUGAAAUAAUGAAAAACGAUUGUGAGUGUGCCGUAUCUUGGUCUGUGAUAAAGUGAGCCGAAAAACAGAAAUGUCUUGAAACUAAAUCUACGAAAUCGAUAACGAAACGAAACGAAAACGAUACGAAUAUAAAUAUGAAUAUGAAUACGAAUGUACUAGAAGAGGUUGAUACAGUUGACAUGAUCUUUGAUUGACAGCCUACAAAGGCACUAUUUUGGGCGAGGUCCACCCAACCAUAAUCUCAACACUGGCAUACUCCAGUAUUGCAAUAAGUCUGUUACUGACCAACACGGUAUCUGUUCAACAUUCAUCUAACAGCUGACUAUUGUUCUUCCAGAUGUAGUAUCCUUUUACCAUUUUUCAUUACUCAGAUAUUAAGCCCCAUUUUAAUUAGUUUAGUGAAAAACCCUUUUAGCCCUACAAGCCUUUGUAGUGUCAAUCCACUCUGAAAGGUGAUGUAAAUGUCAGCAUUAUAUUAUGUUGAUUACUGUGUUUUAUCUGUUUGUUUGUGAGCAGCAGUAGAUCCAGUGACCUUUUAACUACCAAAACGUGCUGCCGUAUGUUCAAGUGACUAGCUGUUUUCUUCUUCUUUUUUGGUCUGGAGUUUUUUGAGAGUCAAUCUUUUAUCACCUAAUUUAGGAUAUUGUGAGGAUCUUUGUUUUUCAAAGUUGUGUUUAUGUUGAAAUAUUGCCUUCCACACAGUGACCUCCGUGCUGCAUAGUAGUGGGAGGUAUCACUGUCAAGACACACACAGAUAGCAGAGACACUCUAAAGACUCAAACAUCAGAUCAGGGCCAGAUGUGAGACAGCAGUUAUUCCAGUGCUAGUUUCACCAUGUUCCAGCUCCUCUGAACGCAGCCUGCUUCCUACCCCAGAUCCUACCCCAGAUAGCAGCUCCGCUCUGGACAUCCGACCCUGAUCUGAUCUAGAUAUGUGCCAGAUCAGGGUCGGAUCGGUUCUUCUGUCAGCUGCGAUCGAGGAGUCUUUCUAGUGUGUGCUUGGCUCACAAAAUACCACUUCACCACCCCCCAAACAGAGAGGAACAUUCCAGAAGGCAUGGUACAAAAUGCCUCUGCUCACAGAGGUCCCCACCCUCUGAGGAGACUACUUGAAGCUUUUUUUAAUAUCUUAAAAAGGAGAGUGAUACUGCAGUGCUCACCCUGGUCCUUCACCCCCACCAUUUAACAGCAUGUCGGCAAUUGAUUGAAAGAGAGCUUUUGAAAGCACAGGCUCCCAAACAGUCACACACUUAUCUGUGAAAGAAAAAGCAUGAAGGAAGGACCUUCACAUUGUCAUUCCCCUUUUGGUUCCACAAGUGUCUGUGUGUGCGUGUUUGUGUGUGUGUGUGUCAGUGCCUAAUCACUGAUCAGAGUUCCCACCUCAGGAUCCAGAUUUGGGGCCCAAGCAGCAGCUGGUUCUGGGGUGGGUCUGGCCCCACUGUGGGUCCAGACAGGCCGGAUUCGCCCCAAGACCCGAGCUGCCGGGCAGAGACAGAGGAGGCCGUGAGUGGGACACCACAUCACAGAGCCCAGCCAGUGCACAGAGGCCAAAUGUUUCAAUUCGGCCACUUUUGACCAAGUACCAAAAUGCACAGACUAAAAGCAGAUUUGUCUACUUUUUAUAGACUCUUCCUCAAUAGUUUUUUUGUAGUUCUCAGUUUAUGUUUAUGAUCAAACAACAGGAUUGGGUUAGUAUCGAGUAUCGUGGUACAAUCAGUUGGUGGGCAUACAUGGGAACAUCAUUUUAGCACCAGUUAACCUCUUGAGUUCUGUCAGAUUACCAUUUUGCUGGCAGACUUUAUUAGUCUUGCACUGACAAACAGUGCCCACCUCAGCUAGGUGAAGACAUGUCAUGGUGUUAACUGCACCGGUGGCAUGGCAGGUGGGAAGUGUAGGCUGCUGCUGCUGUGGACGGCCAAUGCCCCCCAACACACCAGUUCACUCUGGAGGGAAGCUGACCCUGAUCUGGGGUCAGCCUGGGGUGGUGUUUCUUCGCCAGUAAUGUAGCAGCAGCUGAUGUGGGCUACUUUGGUCAUCACUCAGCUAUCUGUUCACCCAUUGUCCUUUUUUCUAAUCGCACAGACAAGCAUUCACAAUAUAUAUAUUAUAAAAAAUGCAAAUGACAACAAAAAAUGAUAUUUUUCUAUGACAUCUCAAAUAGACCUAAAAAAAAAGCAUUGAACUCCUGAGUCCUUUUUUAUUCUUUACCUGUGUGCAUUGCUGUAUGGGUUCUCUAUGUCGUACUCUCUCAUUGGUUGUUGUUAAAGCUAUUGUGUGCUGCAAAUAUCUCCAUAUAGUCUAUUUAAUCUGUUUUUUUUUUUUUUCGUUGUUUUGGUUUUUUGGUUUCUUGGUUUGUUCAUUUGGGGAUUUAAAAAAAAAAAGUGUGGCGUCUUCUGAUUUCAAUCUGUUGACGUAGCAUUAUGUGUAGGCUACCCAAUUCCUUAGACUAAUCUUAUCAAAUAUGUUACAAGAAUGGAUAUUUUACUGGCUUUAUAGAAUGUUUAAAAUAAAUAAAAUAACAAUAAUAAGAAGAAUGAUUUAACUCCUAACAAGUUGAAUACUUGCUACUAAAGCGCUUGUGUUAACCAUUACAAUGUUGUGUGCUUCUCUUUAUCAUUUUCGUUGUAGAAAAAUGGGUGAAUUUACAUUAGGCUUCUACAUCUAAUGAUAGCAGUGUACGGAGGUCAACAGAUGGGAUCUAGAAGAAUAUAGUUAUUUUAAUUGUUCUAUUACUAACCAUAGGGUGAGAGGGGGCUGGUGACAUGGUGACCUAUUUUAUAGCUUGUUAUUCACUGCUACUUUUGAUCAUUUUUCGGUCUCCGAGGUGAAUCGAGUUAAUAAUGAGAAUCGGUAUGCUCACAUAUGCAUAUUGUAUAUGUGUAGAGAUGUAAUCACACUUUGUCUUGCAUUUUCAUUAAACUGUUAAGUCACAGAACCUUCUCUGUUUGUUUUGUUCCUCUCCCUCUGUCUUCAGUUUCGCAAUACUUGACUAAUUAUAGGGGUUGCCUCUUUCCCUGGUAUGAUCUCUCAGUCUAGGUAGGUAGUUCCUCAUAUGUCAAACAUGGGUAUAGGAGCACAGUAGAUUGCAAUCCUAACAGAUAAUAUGAAAUUGCUGCCCACUCAGUAAACGCAUUCAAGACUCGUGGCCAUCACAUGCAAAAUCCUGCAAUAAUUGUGCUGUUGGCAACCAUCGCCAGUAGAUGGCGUUGUUUGCAAAACAAUAUCACGAUACAUUUCAAUUAUGUGUUGUUCAUCGUCUCAUGCUUGGCCACUAUGCUGUCUGUCACAUAGCGGUUUACGUCACUGUACAGUUUACUGAGAAUGCAUUAGCGCAUUAGCAUGUGCUUACAAAAUUGACCAGAUAUUACGUAUCUUAUGAGAGAUUGAUUUGUUUAAAUCAGUUUGUGUAAGAUUAAAAAAAAGAUAGGCUACCUAGCUGUCAACCAGCUUUUCAACCUCACCCGUGCAUAUUAUCUUAAAAAGAGUUACAAUAAAGACAUGGUUCCAGAUCCAGCUACCUGGGUAGCGAGCAUUGAGUGAUUUCGCAAGAGCAAAUCAUUUCACAUCACAUUUCUAUUUAUUGUUUAUCAUUAUUAUGGUUAUUCGAACUAAAUAUUCUACAGUUGGAUUCAUGGAUCGUGUUAGUAUAUCAGGAGGGAGAACGCUUCCUAAAAUUAGUUUAAAAGUAACCCCUGCCUACACAAUAAAUCCAUAUACCUAAAGCAUCUACUCACAACCGACAGUCGAUCGGGACUAGUAACCCAUGUCAGCUAGUGUUACUGCUGGCCACUGACCCUCUCAGUAAUGUAAGGUCUUUCGUUGCCGUGUAACCACAGACGCCGAGAGGACAGUGAAGUCCAACCAACUUGCUGCGACAAUCUAACCCAUUCCUUGAAUGACCGUGUACACGUCCAAUCACGCUGCCGUGUAUCGAAACGUAGAUCGAAUCCAGGGAGAUCAGGGGAGGAGUCUCGAAUCCCGAGGACUUGUGGCCACCGCUCGGCGAGUGAGAGAUGCUUCAAGAAAACCAGGAGGAAAAAGACAGUUAUCUCUUGGACAAUUUACCGUUAUGUUAAAAGAACUUAGAAAAAGUUAGGUUUAGACACUCAGCUGGUGUAAUAAUUACGUUUAACGGAUAUGGAAGUCCCUGGACUAAUAUAAGCAUAACCAUUUAUAAGCAGUAACUUAUUGAACCUCGGAAAUACAGUCGGGAUGAAACGAGGGGCAUUUUGAAGUGAAGCUCCCGGUUUCUCUUGGCUGGUGGAGGGGCCUUCGCGAGGACUAUUCUCUUCCGGAAUAAAAACUGAUAAAAUGGCAUGAAAGUCGAUCCAUGGAAGGCUUAAUCUUCGGCACGAGUCCGGUGGGGAUGCCCACAAGCAUCUUGCACCGUUCAGGAUGCUGCACGCUCAUCCUUGGAAUAAUGAUGUUGGUUCCUAUGACGACGGCAGAUGCCCCUGCUGGAGACUGGCCUGUGUUGGCAUCCAUCUUGCCAAACCAGCUUCCCCUGGCAGCGCAGAACCAUUCCACCUCACCUGCAGCCUUACCAGCAUCACUCACUGAGGCCUCCACCCAGCCGGGUGUCCCUCUACCUGGGCCUGCCACCACCUCACCUGUCCACUCUCUAGCCAAAGGUUCUGAAAGAAAUGGCAAUAAAGCAGUUCCUCCUAAAGCCUCCAUGUCGGACUCGGCCCCCCUCCCCGCUCCCCGUCUGGGUUCCCCUGGGGAGGAGUCUGUGGAAGAGACCCUUGAAGCCCCAGCCCGACGACCCCGGGACGUGCAGCCGUUAGUGCCUCUAUCUCAAAUCGUGCCCUCUCCAACAGUUCCUCAUCCCACACAAGUGUUGUCCCCCUCUCCAUCAUUAUAUUCUUCUAUUUCUGCAGUAAUACCAGAAACGCACAUCACUGCCCUGGUGGAGCCUCCUAUGCUUCCUCCAAUGGAAAACCAGGCAACCCAGAACACCACCACCUCCUCCAGCCCAUCAGGCACACCCGGGCCAGGGUUCACACCUGUUGCCAGAACAACUGCCAAACUUCCUGUGGAACCUUCCAGUACUGUACAGGACCCCAAAGAUCACCAGUUGUCGCCAAGCUUCAACUUGAAUGUACAGAAUAAUGACAUGCCAGAAGAGAAUCUGAGCCACGUAGUGCUGGGGAGCCCCAAGGGUAUGACCACUACAGUAGAGCCCACAAUGGAGCCCGUGGAGGACUUCUACCCGACCAACACCAUGGUGGACUGGGGGUCUGGUGACUACCCGGAGACCAUGUCCUUCAUGGGGUCUGAGGGGGACGACUACGCACUGGUCACCAAUUUACCCUCAGACAUGUAUGACUUUGAGGACUCCAACUCGGAGUCCUACGACACUUCUUUCCCAACACGUGCUGCACUGGUGCCUUCAGGCACAAUGCUUACAAGGUAUCUCAAGGAAACCAGUGUACAUCCGGAACUACCCAUCACCAGUUCAUCUGCUUUAACCAGACCAGUACAGCCGACCAUACACGUGACCAGCACCCCCAGUUUGACCAAUCUAGACCAGUACGAUGCACGUGUGACCAGCGCUCCCAGUUCCAGAGCCACCAGUCUGCUGCCUGAUUCUCCUGGUCCUACUCUUCUUUACAGCAGGCCUUUGACCACCCUUCCCACUCAAACAACUACUGUUUCCAGCAAGAAUAUGACAGAGUCUCCGACUUUCCCUCCUGGCAUUACAGAGCCCUACACCAAUUCAUCCAACCUCAACAUCUCAGGUCCUCCUCUUAUAGUGGUCGUCCCCUCUCCUGGCUCUGAGACAAGGUCACCAGUCUCUCCCAAAGACGGCAUGUCAAGCCUAGUGCCAGACUGGUCAGAUGGAGUGACCAUUGAGCCCACAGACCUCCUGCUACCCGACAUGAAUAGCCUGGAGUAUUUCACCAUCCAGCAGAGCAAAGAGCCCAGCAGACUGCCUGAGCAGAGGCCCAACCACACCACCUCCAGCCCUACAUCGGAGCUCUCCACCACUCCAACACCCAUCCUGACCACUGGAGUUUUUACGGUGGAUCCCACGCACCUGCUUACCGCCUCGUUUGUUGAGGAGCUGCUCCCAGCUCACAACGGCUCCUGGCCUGAGGAAUCUUCAACAGAUACUUCGGGGUAUGAGCCACCAAGCUUUCCGACAUCGGAGGCUGACCCAACGUCACAGCCUAAUGCCACAUUUCUGGAACCUUCCAUGGUGCUGACACCCUCCAUGGAGCCCUCAGUGUCCACCUCAGUUUGGAGUCAGGGUGGGGGGUCUGAUUGGAUGAGCACGCCGUCAAUUCUGACAGCCCAAGUCAGUACCACAUCCUUGCAUACUCCUGACCUGCCCUCAACAUCUACACAUGAUCAAUGGGACAUUACUCCGACUGUCUCAGAAACCUUGAACAAUGGCACCUCUUCCUUUCCUUCCAGUAUUAGCCCAUCUGCCUCUGUUAGUGCUACCCCUGAAUCCUCCCAGUCAGACUCUAAUACCACCACCUUCCCCUUGGCCCCAACACAACCUGCUUCAAACGCCACCACCAUCCCCCUAUCCCCAGGACCUUCUUCCCCCAAUGCAACAUCCUUCCCCCCACUCACCGACAUGGCCGAUGAAGCCAUGACUAUGGAAACACCAUCCGACACCACAGCAACCGAGGACACCCCGGCAACAGCAAACAUCAAUACCACCACGGAAUCUCUCAACAGAACCACUCCAACAGCUGUAGCAACUGUUACUACGGCACGUACCAUCACGACCGUCAUUAUGACUACCAAUCCUGACUCUUUUGUCCUAACCACUGCGCCUGACUUUCCCACCAUACCACCAGUAGUCACCACCUCUAAACCCCAACAGACCACUACCGUUCGAGAAUACCUGUGUAACAUCACCAAACCUGAGAACUAUCUGAUCAAAGUCGGCUUCCCACCAGGGUCCACAGCUGGAUAUGCCAAAGCCAAGGUCCGCGAGAUCCUGAAGCCGGAGUUCAGCCAAUCGCUGGAGCUGCAGGUGUUGAAGGCUCCUCCAGACUUUGUGUUCCAGGUGGUGUCUGGUCCUGUCGUGUACACGGCCAUCUCCGUUGUCAAUGCACUGCGCAGGUCUCCCCGGGCAACCCGCAGCAUCCUCUAUGUGUCCCGCGUUAGCCCCACUCCCAGCCCACAGUACCAUGUACACACAGUGCUGCAGUUUGUGCCUAGUCACGUAGACGUGCGUAUCUGUACCUUCAGUGAACACAUAGAGAAGGGCCUGACAGCCUCCUAUGCAGAGGUCCGACGCCGAUCCAAAGAGUCCACCAACUUCACUGUGCAGAUUGUAAACAUCACCGUGAGCAGCAUGCCUAAGGCCACCCGACAGCAGCGGGUCCCAGUAGAUGUGGUGUUUGUGGUGCGCGAUGCCCGGGGCUUCCUGCAGGGGGCGGAUGUGAGCGCACACCUGCGCAUCCUCAACAUGGUGGAGUUCAGCUACUAUCUGGGCCUCCCAGUACUUCAGAUAGCGGAGCCUUUUCACUACCCGGAACUCAACAUGACCCAGUUACUGCGCUCCUCAUGGGUGAAAACAAUCUUGUUGGGUGUGCUGGAACCGCGGGUGACUGACCGGAUAUUUCAGGCAAAGAUGGAGCGGCGUCUGGCACAGCUGCUGGGAGAAGCCCUGGGCCUCAGGAGAGUCAAGAGAGCCACCAGCACAGGCAACAACAGUAUACAGAUUGUGAGGACGACACGUCUGCCUGGUGCUGACAGUCCUUUGGAGAUGAUCUACUUUGUGGAGGGAGCCAAUGGGGACAGACUCCCGGCUGUUACUACGGCAACCACGCUCAACCGCCUGGAUGUGCAGAGAGCAGCCAUCGUUUUGGGCUACCGUGUGCAGGGCAUACUGGCACAGCCGGUGGAGAAGGUUGCUGGUUUCCCCGGCCCGUCUGCUGAGCCGACCAGCACAUGGGUGGUGGUCGGGGUGGUCGUCCCUGUGCUGGUGGUGCUCCUCAUCAUCUCCAUCCUCUACUGGAAGUUCUGUCGUACCGACAAGCUUGAAUUCCAACCCGAUACCAUGGUAACGGGACCCCAGAGGCAGAAGCUGCAGGCUCCCAGUGUGAAAGGCUUUGACUUUGCCAAGCUGCACCUGGGCCAGCCCAGUAAGGACGACCUGACGGUCAUCCAGGAGCCCGCGCCCCCUCCCGCUGCCGCUGUCAGGGAUACCAGCACCUCAGAAAGCGGUGACCCCGGCGGCUUCUCCUCUGCCAAGAACACCUCACGUGCCGGACGCAAGAAAGGACGAAUCUCCCCGUCAGAUGGGGACUCCUUGGCCAGCGAUCGCUCCAGUGAGGACUCGCCAGCAGGGCGCCUCAGGGGGCCGUCCACACCCCACGACCCCAAACAGCCUCGCAAGAUGGUCGCCAACGGGCUCAAUGGCAAGUUCACUGAAUACACACACACACACACACACACAGCUCGACAGGCAUCAGGACGCCAGGCCCAGAAAUCACUCUUAUCAGCUCUGGAAUUCCUCUCCAGACUACGAAAGAAUAAGAUUGGUCCUCCGCCGAUUAGGGGGCCCGGCGACCAGCUCUCCUCGGCGUCCAUCUUUGAGCACGUGGACCGCAUGUCUCGCGCUGCCGAGGGACCCAGGCGCUUCACCAAUAAGAUCCAGCUGAUCGCCAUGCAGCCAAUGCCCGCCCUGCCUGCCCACAGUCCCACAGUGGUGGACCGUGCCGCUGAGAAUGCCAAUCUCAACAAGGAGAUCCAGGUGACGUUAAGGCACAAGUCAGAGAUCGAGCACCACCGCAACAAGAUUCGACUACGAGCCAAGCGGAAAGGUCACUACGACUUUCCCACCAUGGACGACCCGGCUGACGGGGUUGCCGACCCCAAGGAGCAGGACCGCAUCUACCAGAAGGCCCAGCAGCAGAUUGAUAAGAUUCUGGACCCCGACACACACAUGCCCCAACCCUUCACUGAGCCCAAGAAAAGUGGUAGGGGAAGGCGUUCUCCUAAGUCUAGGAAGAAGACAGGGCAGAUGAAUGGGGGUGUGUAUGAAGACCGGGACCAGCUCAUCAACACAGAGACGGACGGAACCUACCGGAAGUACCCCGGAGUCAGCAACUUCGCUUAUGUGGUGCGACACUCUCCCUCUAAGUUCUUGAACUGGUUCCGUUCCGGAUUAUUUGACCAUAGGUCCCAUCUAGCGAACCAGCCCACUUUUCCACCAGUUUUGAGCAGAACCAUUGUGUUCAAGGAUGCGUCAUCAUCUGACCCGGAUCAGGCCCCUGAGCCCCCCUCCCCAUCCGACGACGUCUUCCUGUCCCCCAGCUCCCCUCCCCCCGGCCACGCGCCCCCUCCUCCCCCGUACCUCCCGCCCCAGCCCAGCAUCGAGGAGGCGCGCCAGCAGAUGCACUCGCUCCUGGACGACGCCUUUGCCCUGGUCUCGCCCACCGCCCAGAUCAGCACGCCAUCGGCUGGCAUCACGCUUCCCGGGGUGGGCAACGGCCACGCGCACCCCCCCGCCUCCAGCCCACCCUCCAGGGGACCUCCCCGGCCCUGGGCCCCCUCCUACCCAACGUCCGGGCCCUUCUCUGGGGUGAGUUCCAUGAAGAGGUGUCACCCACAUCAUUCGUGUAAUUCACAUGUUAGAUGCAUCAUACACAUCCACACACUCUCAGCAAAGCCAGUUAUUGUGUAUCUAUCUAUGUGUGUGUGUGUGUGUGUGUGUGUGUGUUCUGAUAAUGAUUGUGUGUUUGUUCCACAGCGUUAUGGUGAUAUAGGACUCUCCCCUCCCUCUGUGCAGAGUGUUCUUCAAAGACAAGGCUUGGGUUCAGGAUAUUUGCCUUCAAGUGCUGAUGGUGUGAGUGGGGAGCAGCCUGCAGUAGACAGUUUCACCAGCAGGGGGGGCUACAGUGAAGAGCUGUUCUCCUCAGCACGACCCAGACCUGUGGGAGGCACUGCAGGUGGCCAGCUUCAUCACCUAUCACAGCUGGGCCUUCCCAGCCGUCUGAGUGUAGUGCCUCCUAGUGGACGUCUCGGCACACCACAGGCUGGUGGCUACAACUGGAGUACCUACGAUGAUGAGUUUUCCAAACCUGGCAACCUGCGGGAUGCUACUCACCGCCUGGGAGUGAGGGAGCCCUCCGCCCCACCGGCCCACCUGGACACCCCCGGCCUGGGUUACCCUUCCGCUAGUGCCCUUCAGGGGGAGAGCAUACCCCCCACACACUCCUCUGCCUCCCUCAUCAAGGCCAUCAGGGAGGAGCUCAUGCGCCUGUCCCAGAAGCAGGCCUCCCUGCCCAGCUUCCACAGCUGAGGCCCGCCCCUCUAACCCCCCCCCCCAGCUAGACAUCCAGCCCAGAGCGAGACCCAGUGCCGCCACCACUGCUUCCCAUGGAAGCUGCCCUCGUCUGGGGGACAAGACGGACUGGGGGCUCUGGUCUGGUAUUGGGCAGGGCAUGGGGGAUUCUGCACUGUAUUAAGUGACUGAGACAAGAUCAGAGAAAAAAGCAAGAAUCGAAGAGAAAGUGUAGCUUUGGAUCUCAAAUAGUAGCACUGUGCAUGGAUGUGUGUGUGUGUGUGUGUGUGUGUGUGUGUGUGUGUGUGUGUGCGUGUGUGAGUUGAGUGUGUAUGCGUGUGUGAGUUUGAAGGACCUAUAGAGAAAAAGGGACUUCGGAAGAUUUUUCAAAAGAACUGAUUUUGUUUUUGACAAGGUGGAUUUCAGCCAAAACCUGGUUACCACAGAUUCUUGUGGAUGUUUUUUUUUUUUUUUAAAUGUAAUCUUUAGACAUUUUACUUUUGGGUGCUGUGUUUGCUUGUUUAUUUUAUUUGUUUGUUUGUUUGCUUGUUUCUUUCUCCUCCUGUUAUGAUCAGCAGCUGAGGUUUUACGUCCCUGCCGAGCUGUCACAGUUUUAUCCUUUUUGUCUUGUGGCCUUCUGAUCUCUGGGUUUAUGCUGUUACCUGAUCAUCAGCCAUUAAUCUUGCAGUACUGAAGUGUUCCUCGACACAUUACGUGUGUCCUGAAACCAAGGAACAAUGGCUUUUCAUGUAUGUGUAUUAUAAUUCCAAAACACUGUUUCAUCUGUAUCUAAUGAACUGGGUUGUCCUGGUUACUGUCAUUUCUGUGGUGCUAUCGCUUUUGACCCAUGAGCCUACAAGGGGCAGGCUUAAGGCUAGACUCACUCAGGCGAUGGUGAAGUCUAGACCUGAACUUAAUCUCUGUUCUCUGGAUGGCUUUUCUCCACUGGCGUUCACAUUGCAGGCCUCUAGGGACAGAGUCCUGCCCUGCCACCGACCACUCUAUGCCUUCUCAGAUCCCAACUGGCCUUUGGAGCAGAACUGGCUCUGAUCUCUUGGUGUGGAUCUGAUCCAGGGUCGGUUUUUUAUCUGGCUUCUCUUGUAACAGAUUUCAGGUCUGUCUCAGUCUGCUGCUGUAAGGUCAUAAGGUCAAGAUGACGUCGAGAUUUUACACACACUACAGGCCAUCUGAGGCACAGAUCACAAUGGCCCAGCAUUAUACAAAUUGUUAUUGCAUUUUAUUGGCUGAGGCAGUCUUCCGUUGGCUGAGAGGUUUUCAUUGGCCAAGGCAGUAUUUCAAGUGACAGCCUCUUCUAAGUGUUGGUAUACAUUUUUUUUUUGGACUGUAAUGGCUCUGUUUUAAUGACCACAAGAACCAAAUGGAUAUUCAGAGAGCUCUUCAAGUCAGAGUCAAAGACAUAUAGCAGAAGAAAUACCAAAGGUAUUAGGAAGGUGUUUGACACUACAUAGACAUCACUGGUUGAGACAAGAAGCAAACGAUGCAGUUCAAAACCACUGUAUUCUGUAACAGUUGGAGACCACUAUGAGGUAAACAUGCACAGCCAGGACAAACUUGCAGUAUUUGCUAUUUUCUAUUUUCUGUAUUAUCUUCUCAGUAGAGGAGGCUUUUUCCCCUAUUACAGGUUAUCUGGUCUGUGUGGACUCUGCAGCAGUAGAUCUUUUUCCACAUUCAGUGACUGUAUCGGUGAGCUUUUGUUUUUUCAGUGUUUGUUACGGUCUUGGUUAUUUAAGCCACUAUUAAUUGUCUUUAGGCAUUCUGAAGCAAUUGUUGGUCAGGAGUAAGACGUCAAUAAAGGCACUGAAUGAAAGAAAAACAUAAGAUGAGACCAGUUUUCAGGGGCUCUUUUUUUGCUGUGGCCAUCAGUUUGUGAAGAGCUAGCUCAGCUUGCUUAAGGGAAAGUAAAGAUUAAAGAAUAUUGCUAGCAAGCUAAAAAAACAGCACCUUCAUUUUCACAUACAGAAAGACCAGAUAUUGUGUGAAACACUUUUUCAAGACGCUCUGGCAAUUGGGUCUUACAUUCUGAGAGCAGAGUGCUGGAAUGGGUACAGUCUGAUGUCUGCUAGACAGAUGGAGCUAUUGAAUGAGGUUGGCGAUGUUGUUUUUGGGUCAGAACAGGACUUCGGGCAACUGAGGGCACCGAGGACCCAGAUAGCGUCUCCCUGGCUCCAGCCUGUGCAAGAGAGGGCUGUCAUUAGCCCAUUAGGACAGAGCUGUGAAACCUCCAUCUCUCUCUCUCACAGGUGCACUCAUAUUAGGGCACUGACUCUACAGCGGCCCCACAUUUCAGUUCCUACCUGGUGUGAUGUGUUUAUUUUUGCUCAGAAGUGACGUGUUAUUCUUCCCUUAAGAAAAGAGAAUCUUACCCCAAACUAUUUUCAGUGUUGUAGUAGAUGGAAAGAGGAAACUGAAGCACUGUAUUUAUUUUUUUCUCCCAACUUUCAAUCUCCAUGGCGAUAGAGAUGUUUUUCUUAACUACCUUUGCUUGAUGUUUUCAUUCUUUAUUUGAUUUUUUUUUAUCAUUGGUUGAAUUUUUUAAGUGUUUUUGUUAAAUUAAUUUGUUAAAGGGAUUUCCCCAAUCCCCAUCUAUGUAACCACAAAGUAGGCCUUCUGCUGUUUCUUUAUUUAAAUAAACAAGAUCAAGGUUU